AAAGACCACGUUGGCCCAAAUGACCAAUCAGAGACGACGGCGGUGGAAACCGGGAAAUAAUAAGGAACAAGAAGACGGAAAACAAAAGAAGGUUAUAGUACACAAAGAAAGUGGAAUACUAACGUGUUAUAUACGUAUUCAUUGUUUGCAAAGAUGGCUAUGUCUUGCGCAAAGUAUCACAUUUAGGUCUUCAGGAAUGAUUUCUAUUAAUGCCCCGCAAAGCCACAAAGACAGAGAAGCCUCCCCUGCUGUUCCUGGAGCAUCCUUUGCGUGGAGCCAGACUCCAAAAUGUGCCUGAUGUCCGAGCAGCACUCAAUCCCAAAGAGUAUUUCACAGAGACGCAAGCACAGAACAGCUCAGCUCUGAAUUCUUGGGUAAGACCAGAAUUUGACUGUACAGUUGCAGCUCCAGUGAAGCGAGGGAGGAGAAAAUGCCUCUCUGCCACAAGCAUCAUUGACAGUUGCAGUCAGCUGUCCAGGAAAAAGAGUGUGUGCAAAUUUCCCACAUUAUCGUUUCAGACUAGGUCAAGAGACCAAUCUCAUCAACCAAAGAGUACAUGCACAAAGAAAUCUACAGAGUCCACUGUUGUGUCGGAGGCGGGAAAUCAACCACACGGAUCAUGCCAAAUCAAAAGGACAGUUUCAAGUGCACAGUCCUCAGACACACCAAAAAGACGGACGACAUCAAGCAGAAAAAGGAAUGUGAAGAUAUGUUCCAAAGGUACUGCAUCCUCUAGUACAUGUUUGGACCAGCCUGUAACUCCAUCUAUUCAAGUGACAGAGAAAUGCAGAAUUCCAACAGAUGGUGUUGCAACACCUGUUUCCACUGAGGUCAGCAGUGUCAGUCCACCACCUGAUGUUGACACGCCAAAAGUAAUUCAAGAAGGGAGUAGUUGUCCCACCCACAUCUCUCUACCCUUGCCACAGGCUCAGCCAUGUCCACCACCUGAGCCACCUGAUAUUUUAGUGGCUAACACACCAGAGAGGGAUUAUGGGUUGAAGGUGACAUGGAGGAGGAGGAGGGGUCUGAUGUUGUUGUUAAAAGAGAGGGGCCAUCUUUCUGAUUCAGAUGCGUUAAUUCACAACUGAUGUAGAGAUUUGGUAAGAAGAGGAUUAGACAAUGAUGAAAAGAGAUAUUGUUUAUUCAUUGGACUGCUUCUGUGACCAGAAUUCUUUCUGUGACAACCUUUUAUUGCACUGAACAGAGCUGCUGCAUUCUUUUAAAUUGAUCGUCACAUUUCAGUUCAUUGACUGUUUACUUUUAUUGAACAUCAUAAUGAUAAGCCAAGGAUGUUAUGAAAUAACUCUCUCACUUACCCGCUCUACACCGCCCUGAUAGUUAUCAUUCUAAGAAUUGAAUUAAAUAAUGGUCAAAUCAAAAUGAAAAAUGACGGCAAUAUCCAAAUUGUGAGCCUUUUUCCAUUUAUUUUGACCUAUCCUAAUUUAUAUUCUAUUGUUAUAGAUUAUGUUGCAAAUUAGAGGCAGUCUUUAUAUUCAAAUAUAAUCCUGACCUCUGUCAACACAAGCCUUUUGUUUAUUAUUCGGCUUCAACAUUUUAAUGGCGGAUGUAUAGAAACAAAGUCAUGCCCCUAUGGACUGUAUCUGAAAUCACAUGCCCAACAUGGAGCUAACAUUAUAUAAUUGUGUCAUUGACGUGAAAUCUUGUGUCACUGGUGUAAUACAUCGAAGGGGGCUGCUGAAUCAUUUCAACAAUGCUGUUGGUGAUUGUGAACAAUGCUGUGUAACUGGAACCCAUUUUCUCUUUCAAAGGUGUUGCAUAAAAUAUAUGGAAUAAAUGUAU